UUCCAACCUUGCUGGAGGGUUCAGCCGCUGCUGGGAUGAUGGAAGGCAACGAUGAUGAUGAUAUAAAGCUCAGAGAAGAAAUAGAGGCUGAAUUGGAUAAAAUCAGCAUUUCUUCCUUGGAAAAAUAUGAUUUUGAUAGCGAUUCAAAAUCAGAAACCCAGAGUGAUAAUAGUGAUACAGAUUCGGAUGAGUUACCUGAGUCGGUUCUUCACUGUAUCAACAUCAUAAAGAAUAAGAGUAAAACUGCUGAAGAGCUCAUUCUUCAGGACUUGGAGGAUGCUGAUGCUGUAAGCUGUGAUUAUGGAGGAGUUUCUAAUAAUCAUAUACAUUUAAGGAUAGAAUUACCAACUGAGUGUAAAGAAAAUCCAGAACAGUUAAUAAAGAUGUUAUCUGAAAUAGAAAAAGAAGAAUUUCUAAGAAGUAAAACUCAUCGUGGCAGUCCUGAUUUGGUUCUGGAGUCUGAUCUUUGUGAUUUGCCGGUGGAUGAACAUGUUUUGCCAGAUGAUGCUGAAAUAAAUUUUGGAUACUGUGAAGUGGAAGAAAGAUGUCGGCAGUCCUUUGAGGCUUGGCAAGACAAACAGAAAGAACUAGAAGACGAAGAGAAAGAAACUCUCAAAGUUCAGAGGGAUAGAGAAGAAAAGCAGUUUCAAGAAGAAGAAGAAAAAAGACAUUGUUGGAUGAAACAAUUUGAAGUUGAAAAGAAGAAAUUAGAGAAUAUUCGGAAGCAAGAACAGGACAAGAUGAAUGAUGAACUUCAUAAAGAGGAGAAAAUAUGGAAGGAGAGAUUUAAACAGCAUGAGGAAUUUAUUAGAAACUUACAUUUACAAAUGGAAGAAGAAAGAACAAAAUUUAAAGACCUUCAGGAAAAAGAAAAAAUGCGUUUGUCAAAACUGCAGCAUAAUGCAGCUGUAAAAAUUCAAGCUAAAUAUAAAGCAUUUGUGGCCUACCAAAAAUAUGGCCCAAUCAUAAAGGAACAAAUAGAAAGUAAGAAAAAGAAAGCACAAGAGUGGAAGGAAAAGGAAGCAAAAAUACGACAGAUAGAAGAAGAAAAACGGAAAAGACUAGAGGAGAAACAAAGAAGAGAAGAAGAGAUAGAAAAGCAGAUGCAAGAGGGAAGGAAAAGGAGAGAAGAAGAAUAUAUAGGAAAAAAGAACAUCCUGAGACAAGAAAGGGAGCAGCUACUAAAGAUGGAAAAAUUGAUAUUGGGAGAAGCUACAAGAAAACAGCUGAUAAUAAGUAGAGCAUUAAAGAAGGGAGAAUAUAAUGCCAAACGUUUAUCUACUGAGGAUACAUCAAAGAAUAAGGAUGCUGGAGCCAAAAGGCUAGGGGAUGGAAAGUUAAAAAUGUGGGAAGAUGCUUCCCCUUGGUUAGCUGAAGAGUCAGAUAAGAGAAAAAAUGUAGAUAGAGAGCUUGUAUUGAAAGAAUCAGUACAAGUGCAAUUAAAAGAAUCUAUGUCAAGCCAAGCAAUUUUGGCUGUAUUUAAAGUGGAAGAAAAAAAUGAAAACCUAGCAGUACAAUGUUCAGAAGAAUUGGUCAAGCAAAAAAGGAAUUAUGAAAACAGAGAUCAAAAAAAUCAAUUGGAAAACCUGCAUCUAAAAGAAAAUGUCAAAGAACAGUUUCAGUUGCAAGAAUUACAGUCUCAAGUACAAAAAGAGGAAAUCUUGAAACCUUCCAUAAAUGAGACUAUGAGACAAGAAACCCAAAUAAUAUUAGGAAAUAAUCAAGAAAUUGAUGAAGUAAAAGACAAUGAAUCACAGAAAACAAUUGAUGAUAACCAACAUAAUAAGAUGCAAAAAGUAGAAAAAAAAAUAUCAGGACAGUUAGGAACAUUAUAUGAAGAAAAUAACAUAAAGGAAAUUUUGGUGAUACCAAUGAAACAAAAACCAGUACCACUGAAAUUAGAAAAAUCUGAAGAUAGAGGGGAAAAUACAUUACUACAAGAAGAAGAAAUUGAUUUAAAAUCUAAAGAAGCAGAGGAGAACCCAAAAGGCAGUGCUCUGAACAGUGACUUGGUUUUUAACACUAAUGAUGCUGUAAUCAAUGUAGAAGGCAAAAUAAACAAGCAAAAUUAUAUUGUAGAUGCUCCUUGUGAAGAUUUGGGUGGCUAUAAUGCAAAGAACUAUUUGGUUUUUAAAGAAGUAAACUCUCUUAAGUCUCAGAUUCAAGAAAUUCCAGAAGAAUGUCAUGAAAACACAGCUGAAUGUGAAAAUACAGUGGCCUGCUCUAUAGAGCCAACACUUCUAUCUUCUAUUGAAGAAAAGAGGCUAGCUUGGAUAACAUCAUUUAAACCCUGGUGUGAAAUUUUCAAGCAAAAUCAACAGAAGAAAAUUGUUAGAAGAAGGAGACUUAUAAAAUGCCCAGUCAACACGAUGCCCCCUUUGAAUACACUAGAAAUUCUUCGAUGUGGCCCUUGGGAUACUUUACAGCAGGUUGCAACAAUAACAUUUCAAGACUUGCCAGGCUGUAGUCUCUCCACACUGGCAGAGUGUCCAAAUCUUCAGUUUCUAUCUCUUCGGCGCUGUGGAUUAACUUCCUUGCACAGUCUAAGUAACUGCAAAAAACUGAAGUACAUUGAUGCACAGGAAAACCAUAUUGAAACUAUCAACUGUGAAAAUUUGGAAAAUCUCUGCAUCGUUCUUCUUAAUAAAAAUCAGUUGACUUCUCUUCAUGGUUUGGAUGGCUGCACUAAUAUCCAAAGUCUUGAACUUUCAUAUAAUAAAAUCACUCGAAUUGGUGGCUUAGAAUCAUUGAAAAAUCUUCAGCAACUGAUCGUGGACCAUAAUCAGUUAAUUAGUACAACAGGUCUUUGUGAUACACCUACCCUUAUAUACCUGGAUUGUUCACAUAAUCACCUUACUGAAGUUGAGGGCAUUGAAAACUGUGGAUUGCUCCAAAUACUGAAGUUACAGGGAAAUUAUCUAAGUCAGCUUCCAUUCUUGGGGAAUCACGUUCUUCUCAGAGAAUUGCACUUGGAUGAUAACAGCAUUUCAACUGUGGAAACAUUUUCUUCAUACUGGCUGCCUUUACUGCAAAUCCUGACUAUCUCUCAAAACAGCCUGACAAAAAUCGUACCACUUUUUCAUUUUGUUUCUUUGGAAAAACUGGAUGUCAGCAACAAUUGUCUUUCUGAUCUUACAAGUGCCAUAAAGUGGUUUGGUGCAUGCUUUUCUCUCCAUGAAUUGUCUCUCACUGGAAACCCACUUCUUCAAGAAAUAAACUGGAGGCAUUCUCUACUUAAGAUAUUACCUGCUCUAAGAAUCCUCAAUGGUGAAAUGCUAACCUCUUGUUCAAAAAGUCACACUGAAGAACACUAUCAGCUAGAAUUAGAGCAUUUCCUGGAACAUUGUCAGUCCCAAAUUAGAGAAUUUAACUUACUAUGUGAAAAAUAUAUUACUGGAGACAGAAAUAUAUUCACCUUGGAUGUUGCACAAAAUCUCUGCUAUUAUUUUAAGAAAUUGAUGACACUUAGUAAUGAAUGUCGAUGUGUACAUGAACAUGGGGAUGUAAGUAUCACCAGGAGAGGUGAAUUAGAAGCCCAGCAAAAUCAUUUGCCCCCUACACACAGUGACAGCAUACAGCAAAAUAGAGUUCUUUACUCUUUUGCAAAUGAAUAUAAACUGAACUUACCAGAUAUUUCUGAGAAAUGGAUGGACUCUGGCCCUAGUCAUUCCUCAUCAACCAACCCCUCCUUAUGUGAAGAUACUAAAGAAAGAAAUCAGGGGGAAAUAGUAGACCAGAAAAGAGAAGACAGCAAGACAAGCAGUUUCCCCAGCAAAAGAAUACCGUUCGUUGAAACAGUAAGGACAAGGUUUCUACUGGAGAACUGCCAGAAUACCGAACAUCACGAAAAAAUUAUGGCAGCUAUGGUAAUCCAGGCAUACUGGCGUGGUUGCAUCGUGCGCAGGCAGAUUCAUUUCCCUGCAAAGCUACACACUGCUACAAUAGGACCCCUGACAUCCCAGCCAAAUGCUUGCAUCGAAAACCAAACAAUUUUAAAGAAAGAAAAAAUUAAAAAUACUGUGAAUAUCCAAGAACAGAAGGAGAAGGCUGCUAUUCUUAUUCAGGCAGUUUGGAAGGGCUUUAUUUUGCGAAAGAAACUGACAGCAGCUCUAGAGGCUAUUAAGAAUGAAGAAUCUGAAGAAGAAUAUGAAGAAAUAGAUUUAGAAGAUUUUACAUUUGAUGAAGCUGCCUUAGAGAAGGAAUGGCUUGCUUUAGAUUCCGCCCGCUUCCCUUCACAAACACUGCUUCUUCCAAACCAGCUGCACUGGCCAAAGUUCUCUGGAAUCUUAAAAUAUGAUGAUACUUCACUUAAUUUACCAAGUCAUCCAGCUCAAGCAUGGCUAUGUAAUGAGAAAGAAAAUUUGCUUUCAUCAGAACACACACAAUUUAAUAGUAGAUCAGAAAAUAGAACUUUAUCCAAACCACCUGAAGCAAAGACCAGCAGAAAGAGUCUGCUAAAGUCUGAAAAAGAAGAAAAAAUUUCAGAAGAAUGGGGUUUUAAGGAUAUUUCUACUGCUCAGCAGAUGCUGAAGAGAGCACAGAAAAUGAAAUCAAAGAAAUUAAGGAAAAAAUUAGAUCCCACUGUGCGCCUAGCAUUAUUCAAAAACAAUGAAAAUAAAGUUUCUGUUACAAAACCACCAGAGAAAGCACAGCCCCAAAGAGACGGUUUCUUUGAAGAUAAUGAAGAAGAAUUUAUGUGUAAGGAUACCACUGCAAGUGAAAAAUUAGAAAGGAAUAAAGAAUAUACAUACCAAUGGCUUCAUACACAGGUUGGGGUUCUUGAAACGACUGGCUCCAGAAAUAUGAAAUGCAAUCACUUCUUGCCUGAGUUAGAUCCAGACGUACUUAACGGUGGAAGAGUUCAGCUUGUGGCAAGACUUGUAAGCAGAGAAGACACGGAUUUAGACCUUUUUUCCAUGACCAGUGGAAGUGCUUUGUCUGUGAAGAGAGAAAAAAACAUUCAGGCACACAGACACUCAGCGGGAUCUUCAAGUAAGUUGUGGUUUCCUUCAGAAUUAAUUUCAAAAUCACAAAUGAAUUGA